CAAACUCAAAACAUGAACAAUCAUGUAUAUUACCAAUGUUCAAAGCUGAUUUGGCUAGAACUGGAAUAUAGUUGCCUACUACAUAUUCCAGAGGAUUUAACAAAGUCAAAGUAAUGGAUAACAGAAACGAUCCUCCAUUCUUCAAUGAAGAUAAUGUGGGACCAUUUUACUACAAACUUCCUUUCUAUACCAUGGAGCUCUUCAUUGAAACAUUGACUGGAACGUGUUUCGAACUGCGAGUUUCACCGUUGGAAGCUGUUAUUUCUGUGAAAGCAAAAAUUCAAAGAUUGGAAGGUAUUCCCAUCUGUCAACAACACUUAAUUUGGAAUAACAUGGAACUCGAAGAUGAUUAUUGCUUGAAUGAUUACAACAUUUCAGAAGGCUGUACCUUGAAGCUGGUAUUGGCUAUGCGUGGUGGACCUAUAAAUACUAGAAGAGUUCCUAUGGAAGACCCACUUAGGGAGAUGGCUGAGUACAUGGAUUCCAGUCGAGAUGAGGUCUGGGAGAAGACCUCCUACAACAAGCACGUUACAUUUUUGGUAUACCGAGAAGGAGAGCAAUUGAAUUUCUUCCGGGUAGUAGAUAGGGGAGAUGGCACUUUAACACCAUUAUCUGAAUCUUUAAGUGGUGGUUCGGUGUAUAAUUUGUAUACUGAUGAGGAUGAAGAAGUUGAGCCUUCUCCUUCUGGGCAACAGAUAAUUGAAAAUUCAAUAACUAUGAAUAAGAUGAAGCUGCUGAAAGCUAAGAUGGAGAACAUGAAUCUCAGCAAAAAGCCUAAGAAAGCUGUCAAGAUCAAGCCGCGCCCCCCCGUCGCUCCUCGAUCUUCCAGCAGCUGCACGGCGCCUGCGCGGCACACCCCGCUGCGCGUCCUGCCCCACAUCGGGGCCCGGCUGCCUGCGCCCGGGCGCGCGCCCCUGCCUGGAGCACCCGGCCGCGCAGUUUCAAGUCUGACAACUCUGCCCGCUGCUGGUAGACCCAUGUCGUCUUUAAUUAGCGAUUUUCUUAAGGAAGAUGAUAACUGGGAGAGUAACCCGCGAUCUCAUUCCAAUGGUAGCACCCAACGACCACCUCAGAUAACCCAUGUGGAGUUGGAAGACGACAGAGAGUUUGCUGCUUCAACCCACCCUCUUGGAUCACCCCUGCCUAGGCGGACAAAGCACUGUUCAGGGAAUUUGCCACCUAAUAAUGAGGAUGGCACUGUUUUAUUCCCAACUUCUGAAGAGUGUGUAACUGAAAAAUCACUUCUACCUGAAGUGGGUUCAUUUUCUUUGUUUACAGAAGGAAAUGUCGAAGCACAGAGCAGUGGCUUAGACGGCACAGGGAAGGUAAAUCCUGAAUUCCUACUUACUAAUGGCGAGAAAGGGUUGAAAGCUACAGAGCAGCAUCUUAAACAUGUUGCAAGAGUGUUGAAUGGUGAGUCAGUGGAGACUGCAGUUCUCAACAACCGGGAAGUCAGUCCUCACAAGAAUAGACUCCUGUCACCUCUUCACUGUUCUACACCAGUGUCGCUCCAUCAUCCCCUGGUGAAGCCACAGAGGCAAUCCAAAUGUUUCGAGUCUGGGAAUGUCCAGUCUUCUGCUUCACAAAAUGUGCUCCGGCCAUUGGAUGUUCGGAAUGUAACUGAUUCUUCUUCCUCUAGGACUACUCGCGUCCGAGCUGUCAAAGUUGAUUCACCUGGGAAAAGAUCCGAUAUUAUUUCUAAAGUUGAGGCUCGGGGUAUCACAGAAAUGGCUAACAAGGCUUCCAAAGAGCCUGUUGGUUGUGUGAAUAAUAUAGGUUUUCUUGCUUCGCUGGCCCGGAGCACAAGCAGAGACGGGUUACAGAGCACACGUGGGGUAGGUAGGCUGCGGACCUCUGGAGUGGGGCUGUCUGCAAACCUCCAGCAUUUUCAGGAAGAAUGCAUUAGGAAAACCUCUCCCCAGUUAGAAUCUACAGAUUUUUUUCUAUCUGCCCGUGGUAUUGGAAUGAGUGGAAAUAAUGCAGCAGCAGGUAAAAGAGUAGGAGAAUUUACUCAUCACCUCCCACCUGUGCAAGCCCCUAUUCAAGUAAAGAAGAAAAUGGCAAAGCAUUGCUUUCUUUGUGGGAAGAAAACUGGCCUGGCUACUAGCUACGAAUGCAGAUGUGGAAACAACUUCUGUGCAUCUCAUCGCUAUGCAGAAACUCAUGGCUGCACCUAUGAUUACAAGAGUGCAGGGCGGAGAUACUUACAGGAGGCAAAUCCUGUGGUUAACGCACCAAAACUUCCAAAAAUCUGAUUCUUGCUCUGCACCUAACUGUUCUGCCCGAGGAAUCGUAUUACAAUGACAGACAGAAGAAAUAUUGUUUAGACUGCAUUAAUUUUGUUCUACUCCGAAAGAUUUGCCAAAUAACAAAAAGCAUACAGUGCAUACUGUUGGAGAAUG